AUGACGAGCAGCAAAGCGUGGGCGUUUAGCAAGUCUAUUUCCUUAGUCAAUUACGGCUGGUUCAUUCUUGGAGUCUUCUGGACAUUCACAUCUGGUCGUGGAUGUCCUGCCCUUUCACAGGUCUGUCUUGGCGUCAUCUCCUUCUCACUCUUCCGCAUCUUCGUCACCAUUGGCUCAUUCUACUACCACUUCCCCACUUCCCCCAAUACACGAAAUAUCUUCAAUGGCCUCGGAGGCACCACAUUCAGACAGGAUGGAUAUCGUACCGCCGGCCUUACCUCGAACAAGCUCAAGCUUCUGCCGAAACCAAUUCUCGCCAAACAACUCAGAAAAAGACCAACCGAAGACCAGCCGAAAAAAAGUAACACCGUCGAGGGUCGAACCACCAACCAUCGAACCUCCUCUCAAGAUCGAACCACCGACCAACACCUCUUCCCAGAACUCGACCACCAGCUAACCAGCGAUGUCCACCUCGACAACCAACUCCAUCGACGCCCGCGAGCAAGCCGGGCUUAUAGUUAUGACAAUGAUCCUCACCGAGCACCUCACCAAGCACCUCACCAAGUACCCAAUGAACUAGUAGAGCGGCAAACUCCUCACAAAAAUUCUACCCCACCGGCGCCACAAGAGCCAAUGCCACAGGAGCCAAUGUCACAGGAGGCAUUGCCACAGGAGGUACCGCCGCCACUCGCGGCAGUGCCACAACAGCGGCCACUGGAGGUAAUGCCACAGGAGGCAUUGCCACAGGAGGCAUUGCCGCAGGAGGCAUUGCCACAGGAGGCACCUCCUCCUCGAAACGGGGCGCUGCUUCCCCGAUGCGAGAUGUCUCCCUCAAACGAAAUUCUGGCGCCCCCGCCUGAGAAUGUGUCCGAGAAUGCGUUCGAGUCAGCGGUCGAACGCACAGAGGGCGCGCAGUCAUUGCGAUGGCGAGGCGAACCUGAGCGUCUUCCGUCUGGCAUCGACGAAGGGGAGCAGCGGUCGCCUUCUUCUGAGACAUCGUCAUUCGCGCUGGCGGAAGAAGUCUGCAGUAUCUGUAUCUCGCCCUACGAGGCCGACGAUGUGAUUCGCCUCCUCCCCUCCUGCUCCCACUUCUACCACCGACAAUGCAUUGAUCAGUGGCUCAUGGCCAGCGGCACAUGCCCUCUCUGCCAACGAGCUGUGGACCCCGCCGUCAACACCCCCAACACCUGA